GGCGCGUAUGCAGUUGAAACCAGUCGAAGGAGCUUUGAUCUAUUUAUAUUUCAUUGCAAUAUUCCAAGAAUACUUUUCCUUCGUUUAUAAAACGAUCGUGGCUUAGUUACAUGGACAUUCAGAGAGGACAUUGCCUCAAGACGUUAACCGUGCAGUAGGACUGCAAAUCAGAUAUCUUGAUAUAAAUUCCACUUUAUCAUCACGCGUGAUUGUCAAUUUUGUCAAGCUCAACUUUCCAUCGGUCAGACUUCCUUCUUACUCAGAUUGUUUGGAUUGGACUUCAACAUGUUUUCGUCCUCUGCGACACCGUUUGGAACUGGUUCUGGCUUUGGAACAGGAACAAGUAAGUUGUUUUUUCUAUUUAUAUCAAAUCAAAGUGUAUACAAAAUGUUCUUGACAAGUCAGCGGUUGUAAUACUCUGCUAUGUCUUCUUCGCAACUUUCACUUUUCCUUGUUGUCGUUUAAAUCAGAAAAGAUUAUUUGUCAUGGUUUCUGUAUGAUCGCGUUCAGAUAUGGUUUUUCCACGGUAGUCUAUCUUUGUGUGGUUGUUGAGAACAGAGUGACUUUUGUCACACUAGCCAUAAAUAACAGACCAGUCCCUAUCAGUACUGGCCUUCAGUUGAUUUUCACCUUGGAUGUAAUCAAAAUUGAAACUCAUUUCUUAUGAUUGUCAUGGUUUUAAUGAUUAACACAUAUACAGCUUGAAGGUAUGUGGUCAACUCGUCCCAAGGUCAGAUCGAUCUACGCCAGAUUGUUCCACUUAAUAGUCAGAUCAUUCCACAAUAUAGUUAGCACUUUUCACGAGUCUUUAGCAAGCAGAAAGAAGGGGUAACUCAAACUUCGCAUCAAGUUUUACACUGAAACUGUGGAAUGAUCUGACAGUAAAAUGGAAUUGAUCUGGCUUGGAAUGAUCUGACCAUGGGACGAAGUGACUGUAAAAUUGCCUUUGCACUCAUGAAGGUUGAGAUUUUUACAUGGAUUUUAUCAUUCACAUUUGUAGCUUUUGGAGGUCAGAAAACAGGAACACAGUUUGGUACCACAGGUUGGUUUUAGACAGUGAGGAUUUAUCAUUUUCACUCUUUGCUAAUCAUCUUGUCAUUUUCAUCCCAUCAUCUUGAAUAUCAUAAUCAUGUAUUUUACUACGCAUUAACCUUCUUAUUCUUCUUUCUCCUUUUCUCUACCAUCAUGAUCAUCAUCAUCAUCAUCAUCACUAUUUCCAUUGUUAUUAUAUUAAAUCAUGAUUAUUACCAUAAUCGCUGACGUCCUCCUUGUUAUCAUCACUGUCGUUGCCAUUAUCAUCAUCAUUGCAUGGUUCAUUAUCAUUGUCAUCAAUGUUACUGUAUCACUAUUACAACCAUCUCAAGCACCAUAGCUAUUACUAGAUAUCGUGAUAGAACCUUUCUUUCUAAGGUUAAGACUUGUAAAGCUGUGUUGUUGCCCUGCAUCAGAUUUAUUCUCUUUGUUCAGCACAUAAAAAUUGAAUGAUAAAGUAAAGAUUACAAUUAAAUUGUGAUGCAAUUUUUCCAGGUCUGGGCACAAACUUGUUUGGAAAUAAACCAGCAGGUUUUGGUAGUACAUUUGGCAGUCAACCUCAGAGUUCAGGUACCACUGGCUUGUUUGGAAGCAGUACAGCAACAAAUGCAGGAGGUAGUCUGUUUGGGGGUACAGCAACUGGAAGCCUCUUUGGUCAACAGCCAACCACACAAUGUAAGUACCUGAAUAUAUUAGUAUUAUUAUCAUUAACUUAUUUAGGAAAAUUUGAGGAAUUAUGUGGGUGUUGUGAAUGAUAGUUUUGAUGAUAAGGCAAAUCAAAGAGAGGAUAAUAACUUUCCUUACUUGUUUAAGUAAGUAGGAUGCAGGGCUCGAAAUAGCGGCCUGUCAACGGACAAUGUCUGGACUAAUUGGGGAGUUUACCUGUCAACCUUUCGUCUUGCUGGUCAUGUUGACCGGUCACUUUUGAUCAUAUUAAAAAUGUAGUACUUAAAUAAAAUUUCCAUGCUGUUCAGUUAUUUGUAUAGGUAAUAGCAUGAUUUGUAGUGAUAUUUGGCAUAAAUACCACGGGUGAUAUUUUGAAAUUGUUAUACGUAAUUUCACGAGCCAUUAGGCGAGUGAAAUUUGAGACAAUUUUGAAAUAUCACGAGUGAUAUUUAUGCCAAAUAUCACGUACAAAUCAUGCUAUUAUUUGUUUAUACUACUACCCACAAAAGGUUUGUAAUUUUCACAUGUAGGUAUUUCAAAUUAAGCUGAAAUACCACUGCUCUAAGCCAAUCAGAUUGCAGAAAUUUCUCAUGUUGUAGUAUAACAGCUGUUAUCAUUAUGUAGUGAGUUGCUGUGUAUUGAGGAACUCUGAUCUGAAAUCCUGGGUGAAAUGCAACUACAACCGUUGUUCACAAUUUGUGGAUUGAAACAGACAUUAGGGUUCAUGCACUUCCGAUCACAAAAUUAAAAAUACUCUCACUUUUAUUAGUUGAGCAAUGGCUUUUUAAUUUUUGGAAAAAUAUAACCCCAGUUUUGGUUCAUGGACCCUUGUUUUAAGAGUUAUUUGUCUUAUAAAUUUGACCAACCAGAUCUUAAUAAUGACUGUUCAAUGGAAUGCUCUACCUUUAGUAUGUAAGGAUGGAAACUGUAGGCCGUAUCUUACAGUACUUUCACUGAGCAGACCCUUGUGAGAUGUAAAAGAACCAUUAGGGAUGUAAUGCUCUCUGGCAGUUAUCACCGGUAGUGUUUAUGUCAUGCUAUUCAGAGGAUCUUCUUCUAUGAUACAUGUAGAUAACUUGCGAAAAGUUUAUUCUGUUUAAACCAUCCUUAAAUCAGGCUCAAUCAAGCAAUCAAUCAAUCAAUCAAUCAAUCAAUCCAUCCAUCAAUCAAUCCAUGAGUCAGUCACUCAGUCAGUCACAGAGUUGUCAUUAAGAGCUGGGGGCCGGGGAUUUUCCCCGGCUACUAAGAGAGUGGCCCCCGGCUACUUUUAUUGGAAAAGAGAAGAAAAAUAGAACCAAAAGAAAUCCCUAGCCCUUUGAUUCCCCACCUACUUGUUGUAUUUUCCCGGCAACUUGAAAUCUUAGUGACAACCCUGCAGUCAGUCAGUCCAUUAAUCAGUCAAUAAUAUUAAUUAAAGUAGAAGCUGAUGGGCAUGUUUUGCAUCGCAAGCCAGAGACAUCCUUAGACAUAUUCUGUUUACUUGAUUGAUGCUUGUCUGAUAACAGUAGAAAAGAAACCAUCCAUUUUUAAAAGAAAAGAAAAAUACAUUUUUUUGUAUAUAUUAAUUGUAUUGCUUUGUUCAAACAGCCUCAUUUAGUGGCUUUGGAUCAACUGGUGCCAGCCUGUUUGGCAGCCAAGCGAAAAGUACCACAGGGACAGGUGUCUUCCAGACUCCAGGGCAGACUUCCGCUUUUGGCAGUGGAACAUCAACGGGAUUUGGAGCAACUGGUAAGUUUGAGCAUGUUUCAAUUUGGUUACAUGCAUAUACAGUCAACUCUCGCCUUGCGGACACCUCGCUAUAACGGACACCCCGAUAAAACGGACAGCAGCUAAAUCCCAGGAAAAACCAAAUUACAGACAUUUCACUGAAAUAAACUCCCGCUAUUAUGGACUCUCGCUAAUGAGGACACUAACUUGAGGUCCCUACAGUGUCCGCUAUAAGGGGAGUUGACUGUACAGGGUUCUCAUUAAGGUAUUUGCACAGGCAAAUUUUCAACAUUUUAUUUUGCACUCAAAAUCUUUCUACAGUAAGUCCAGAUGAUGUAAUAUGCAUAUCUGGUGUUCUUUUUUGAAUAUACCUUUGCAUUAAAGAAAAAAUCUACUCAAAAGUUGACUGAUUUACCGGAAGUUAAAGAAAAAUUGUCAUUUCCGUUACUAAGAAAAUGGACGGCAGGAGUGCAAUUUGACUCCUCUUUCCAGCAUCAAGUUCUAUUGAUGCGCUGAACAAAAUCUAUUCACUGCUUGGAUUCAUUGAAAAACUACAGCCGCUGUAUGUCCAACUUGAUUUUUCUUCCUUCUGUUAAAGCUGUGAUGACUAAUAUUACUUGCUUCUUGUCAAAAUUCGUUAUGUUCUUGAAAUAUACUCCGUUUUCCAGGGCUUAACAUUGUUUUAAAUUUACAUUACAUCGGUGUGUCUUCUCACCUGAUAUAUUCUGACAAUUUUGCCGGGAGAGUAAAACGUUUUCUUGGCCCCUAAUCCUCUGGUCUGUUUUUCUGCCAAUUUCUUUCACUUUACAGAAGCAGUUCUUUUCAAUUUUGAAUAAAACUCUUCUUCAAUGUUCAUACUUCGGCGCGCUUCACUGCAUUAAAGCUGACACUGAGUAACGCAUCUUCCCGAAAUACGUCACACCUAGCAACUGGUCACGUAUCAAAAUCCAAGGGGGCUAUAGAGAGGCCAUUUGGCAUUUUCUUAGGCUUCCACAAACAUUUUACACAGUGGUGAUUCAAAAUGGCGGGCAAGAAGGUCUGUGAUGGUAGUAUCGAGGAAAAACAGUUGAUUUUGAGAAGAAAAUAAGCUUUUUCACACUGGAAAAGCGUUAAUUACCGCGUGACCGAUUUACCUUGACUUACGGGAACCAGUUUUUUGGAGGAAUGGAUCAUUAUUUCUUUGUGAAAUUUGGCAAAUACACAAAGAGCAUGUUAAUGAACAGAUCUGUGUUUGACUAAAGGUUAGAAUUGCCGUACAGCUGAGUUAUUGAUGUCAAAAUAUGGGUCAAAUUACAAAAUAGCAAAUUGUGCCCUAGAGGCUGGAUUAAUUGGAGCUGUGUCGUAGUCAAACACAGAAUUAUUCUAUCUUACGUCCUUAUUUGUGUUACAUUUCUUUUUUAACAAUAACUCUAAGGAUUCUUCUGAAAUUUUGAUUUUUCUCUUUUUUUGUCACCCUAGGGGGUAAUUAAAUUAACACCUUUUGGGUGACAUAACAUAAUUUAUUUUGAUAUAUUCUAGUUCCUCAAGAACUGAGGAAUACUGUCAAUGUAGUGACAUAUAGAUAUUAUCCAUAAAACAACCACUAAAAAUGAUGCAAAAAUGUGCAAAAUUUGCCUGUGCAGAUACCUUAAGUUUUAAAGUAGACAGCUAAGAUGUAAAAGUAGGCAGCUUGGUAUUUAAGUGCUGUCGGCAAUUUGAGGCUUUCACUCUCUUACUUUGCCCUUGAUGCCCAAAAGGUAUAUGGCUCACACCUCCAACUAGCCAGCUUUUUUUAGCCGUUUGCCCGCAAUUAAUGAGAAAUUAAUGAGUGUAUGUAUUGUUUUUAAUGAACUGCAUUGUGUUUACCAGAAUUAAUCAUAACUAUAACAAAAUUCUCAAAUAUGAUUGGCUAUCAAUAAUUGAUAGCCAAUCAGAUUUGAGAAUUUUGAGAAUUUAUUGAGAAUUUAUUGUACUGAGAAUUUUGAGAAUUUAUUGUACUGAUUUCAGCACUAAUAGGACAGUGUAACAGGACAUUAUACGUCAUGCCUAAGUAAUUGGACAGUGCGUGCCUUUUUUUUUUCACUACUAGCAAAAACCUCUUGGAAUUUCUUGAUUUAAAAAUGCCUAAAAAAUGAAAAAUUUUGUUGUGGUUAUGAUUUAUUGGUAACAGAACUAACUUCGUGUUGUCCUAUUCAGUCUGUAAUUGUACUCAUGAUUAAGCAAAUCGGACUCCCGCCAUGCUGUUGUGCGAUUUUGUUUAUCACUUGUAUGAUUACAGACCGAAUUGGACUCCACUCAGUCCUAUUACCAUUAUUAAAUUAACAAGUCAAGAAAUCAGUAGGAUUGUUUAACCGUUGGAGCCAAGAGUGAUCAGUAUGAAAUUUCUCCUCAACAAUUCAACUCUGUAUUUCUUUAUUUUUUAUAACAGGUGCUAGUUUAUUUGGAAAUGCAGCUAACAAAGGCACAGGUCUGUUUGGUGCCAGUCAACAGACAGGUACCUCACUCUUUGGACAGAGUGGCAUUCAGGGUAAUAACAUUUGCAGGGUGCAAAGAAAGUCAUGUCCAAUAGCCCAGAGCUAGUGGAUUUUGCUAUCGGGCUAGUGAUUUUUGCUCUUAACUUGCCCAAAGGGCAAGUGCUGUUUUUUUGGGGAAAUUCAAAUUAUGCAAGGGUUGCAAUCAAUCCCACUGAUCAAAAAGGGUUUUGGGGCUAGUUGAAAUGACUUGUGGGCUAGUACAUGCUAGCUACAGCUUGCCCGAAUAGCAGGCUGUAAAACUGAUUUUCUUUGCAUUCUGAUUUGGCAAGUCAAAUGAUUAUUCGUUUGACAGAGUAGCAUUCAAGGUAAUAACAAUUGGCAAGUCAAAUGAUUGUUCAUUUCAUAUACAUCAAUCACAUUCAUCUCUUUCAUGGGAACAUAUGAACACAAAAUUGACCAGCUUCCAACAUCAGCGGCUUCAUAGCUCAGUUGGUUAGAGCAUCACACUGGUAUCGUGAGGGCAUGAGUUCAAACCUCGUUGAAGUCCUGAAUUUUUUUUUUCAGGCCUCUUACGCAAUUGCAUAAAUUGCAUUCACAACUGCGAGGAUUAUUCUUCAUUUGAUUUCAUUUCUGCAGUUCUUAUAUGAUUUAUUUCAUGUACAUCUAUCACAAAAUGAUUAUUGUUUAUUUGAGCUUUUCAAAGUUUUAGUUUUGCACACCUCAUUAGCACCUAAACUGAAAUUUGCAAUGUUAUGGAAAAACUCUAGCUUUUAACUUUGUGGAAAUAUUCUGUGCUGUUACCAUUCAAAUGAAACCUCCAGUACUAUUUAUUUUGUUGGAUUUUACAAAAAGAAAUUUGAUUUUUUUGCGUGAAUUUUUGCUUUGGCUGCCAUAACGGGUGAAAAGGUCAAGGCUUCAGGUCUUACUGCACUUACAUCCAUGUAGCAGUUAAAAUGCCAGACUCAUAGCUCGUAACAGGAAUUCCCAGCUGAGCCCUUUGCUUGUGUGGCUGCCACUGUAGCUGAUGUGUGUCAUUGGUUUUUUUCAGGAAUAGGAUCUGGCAGUGCAACCCCUGGAACACCUAUCAAGUUUACUGUGAGCCUUUAUUUUAAUUAAAUAUGUUAUUGUUUUUUUUCAUUUCACAUUAGAAGGAAUUUCAGUGAAUAAUCUACACAUGUAGCACGAGAAGAGAGCUGACAUUUCGUGAUGCCACCAACGCUUUGUGCGCUCAUUCUUUAGACAUCAUUUCGCGGGAAACCGUACUUAGUGGCAUCACCUAAUGCCAGCUGUUUUCUCAGGCUCUUUUACUAAAGUUAAUGUUUUGCUUACAUUUCACAGCUUUACAUGUAUUUGUGGUAUUGCAUAUAGCUCUUAGGUCAUUCCUGAGAGAUCUGAGUAUGGUGUAAGUUUUGUGGAGUUGGUUUAAUUUACCUCUCUAUUUUUUUGUGCUCAGGUCGUUCAAGGGACAGAUUCUAUGGUCAAGAAUGGCAUUACCACCAACAUCAGCAUCAGACAUCAGUGCAUCACUGUCAUGGAACAUUAUGCAACUAAGUGUUUAGAGGUGAUUUAGAUGUUUACAACUGUAUGCUAUAUAGCUGUUAUCAUUUUUAAUCACAGUAUAGCACCUUAAUUUUUUUGUGAUAUGAUGGCUCUGCAAAGUGUUGUCUUAAUAUUGUUAUGCACAAAUUCUCCUUACUACAUGUAGAACCAUACAUGUACAUACAAUGUAACGAUUGAACUGAACAAAAAAUAUCUAUGUAUGGACUGGCCUUCAUUCCAUUGCAUUACUCUAUUUCUAAAAUGCAUAAUUUUAUGAAAAUCAUAAUAUUGGUUGUCUUUACACUAGGCUGUUAAGUAAGACUUAGGAGGUGCUAAAUUUUACUUAACCAAAAAUGCGCGUAUGAAGGCCUAAGCAAAAUCUCAAGUAACUUUACCUUGCAUCUCAUUAAUGUCGGAAAGUUGAAAGGAUUCAAGAAAGUUUCAAGUGACUUGAAAACCAUCCUUAAAACUGACCUAGUGAACUUGCGGUUUCCAAGCUUUGAGAAAGGCGAAGCGUGUCAAUCAAUCUUAAUUAUGUUGUGUGGGAAAAUAGGCUCAAGUAAACCUGAAGUGAAAAAGAUAUGUUGUGUGUGAAGCUUUCCUUUACUUGAAGAAUUUAAAAUUUACUUGUCUUGAAAUAUUUCUUAGCUUAUUUAGGCUCUAGUGUAAAGACUACCAUUGUUAUUACCUCCUAAAGGUUUCAAUGUCUCACUGCUUGUUUGCAGGAGCUGAGAAUUGAAGAUUAUGAAGCUGGUCGUAAAACUGGAGCAUCUGCCACAACUGGCUUUUCAGGCUUGUCAACAAGCACAGGAUCAGGUGGUUUGUUUGGUAAUACAUCAACAGCAUUUGGUGCAACAUCUGCUUUUGGUCAGAAACCUACGACUGGGUUUGGAGCAACUGGUAUGGAUUCAAAUUAAACCUGUUCGUAUUUAGCUUCGUGCAUAUUUUUCUUUGUGGCUGCUUAAGGGGAUCUUUCCUGGAUAAGAAAUAAAAGGCCCAGCUGGUUCAGAAAUGAUAUGGACGACGUAUCGUACAUCAGAAAAGUAUCAAAUCAACAGCCCCUUCUUCUCGUAUCUCAUUUCCCCGCCAUCUUUAAAUUAUACUCGCUUUUAUUUUUGAGUGAAAUGUGGAAAGUCCUCUCACAGUGGCUUAUUUUCUUGGAGAAAAACCAAGGAAUCACUUUUGAAAAAAAUACAGGGAAAGAGGAACAGUUGAUUUUUAUCACAAGAUUUCAUCACCACCUACACAUAUCUGUCUUGGUGAUUUGCAGACUGUUUUGUUCAGUUACAUGAAAAUAUUUUUCCAUUAUUCUGUUUUCAGGAAGCCUGUUUAGUGGUUCUGGAACAGCAUCCCUGUUUGGUCAACAACAGCAGCAGCAAACAACAGGCUCACUUUUUGGUCAGAAGACAGGAGGGUUGUUCGGUACACCAACAUCAAGCACAGCAUCCACAGGUUUUGGAACUGGCUUUGGCGCUGGAGGAACCACGGGUCUCUUUGGACAGAGUUCUACUGGACAAACAGUAAGCUUUAUAUUACAGGAAUGUCAAUUAUACAGGAAAAAUUGUACAUGAUCUGCAAGUCAGAGAAAUGAAGAAAUUAACAGAUGUGACCUGUAGAAUUACUGCAAGGAUUAGCAUGGAAUGAGAUCACAACUAUCCCUCAUCUGUGUCAUUCACAGUUAGCAAAAAUUAUGAUUUAUAAAUUUGUACAGUGUGUACCUCCUCAUUUAUUUAGCUGCCACUGUUAAAUAUAUUACAUAUGUAUGUUUCUAAGGUUUUAUUUAUCAUUUGUCUCACUUUAGUCACUUUAGAUAUUGAUUGUGACAUUUCACUUCAUUCACAGAAGAACAUUUUAGUCUCACUCAGUAAAUUGUCACUUUUGCCGAACGAAGACUUGCAGUACAUGGCUGAAAUGUCGGCAUCAACAUGCGACUAUUGUGAGACAAAAUAAUAAUGAUAAAUAAAACCCUUUAUGAUUCAUGUUGUUGUUUUCAGACCAGCUUAUUUGGUGCACCAACAACAUCUGUAUCCACUGGUUUGUUUGGAGCUCAAAACCCAGGAUUUGGCCAGACGCAAACUGGAACAGGUCUGUUUGGACAAACUGGGUUUGGUCAGACCCAGCAACAGGUUAGCUAGAGUGCAAAUUUGUUUUAGACUAGUUUUGAAACCCUUGAAAGGAGCUGUGUUAUAAUAGGGCCACUUAUAUGAGGAAAAGUAAGAUGCAUCUUUCAUUAGAUGCGUCCUAAAUGAGACGCAAACUAUCUCGUAUAAACGGCACAUAAAGAUGCGAUUUAGCUAAGACGUGUCUUAACGAAGAACAGGUGUUAGGGGCUGUUCUCAGUUAAGAACCAUCUCAGCUAAAUUUCAAACGAAAUGUACCGUUUUUACGAGAUAGUUUGCCCCCUGUUUAGGAUGCGCCUUAUGUAAGAUGGGUGCUAUUUUUCCUCAUAUAAACUGUCCUAAUGUUUAGUAUAAUUCUUGGGAGACACAUUUGUUUGACAUGAAGCUGUGAUUGUGUCAUUCAUGAGAAAUAUAUUUAUCAUUAUGUUCUAUAAUGAUUAACCCUUUAAGCCCCAGUAUCCACAUACAAAUUCUCCAAACUGGUCUCUAUACAUUUCCUUUAAGAAUUAGUUGAGAGAAUUUGAUAAUAGAUCAAGGCAUUCUCUCUUGGAUGAUCAUUUUAUUAAUUCUCAUAGUUAACUUAUCUCUUGAGUAUGGAUAUUGUUAGGAGAUAAUUGAUGUUGGUCACUAUUGGGACUUAAAGGGUUAAGGACGGGUAAUUGGCAUAAAAACAAAAUGAACAAGUCGAAGAACAGCCUUGAUACAGCCCCUGUGAUCCUUGAUAUCAACAUUUUUGGCCUUGUCUCUUCCCCCUCUACCCAUCCUCUAAAGAAAACAAACAAAGAAAAAAUCAAUCCCUGAGCACCAGGCCUUCCUAAAGAAAAGAUGGGGGAGGGGGGGGGAGAAGAGAAAGGAAGGCCUGAAAAAACCAAAAAUUGUGUGACAAAAAAUCAAUGAAAUAACACACAAUACCCCCUGAAAAGAGCGAUAAGCCAUUGACAUUUUUCAUAGAUGCUUUGAUUUUACGUUACCGGUAUGUGAUACUUUUAUGGACAGAGACACAGAGAGGAAUUCAAAAAGGCUCUAGAGGGCGCUCUCAAGUUUUUUCCUGGAAUAAAAAUAAAACCCGAGCAAGAAUUGUGUUUUCAAGGGCUCGUAGUUUAAAGGAAAGAUGUUCUCGGAGUAUGGAAAAGCCUCAUAUACCAGCUUCUGCCGAACUAGGUCCGAGUAUUCAGAGUAUUGGUUUCACAAGACCGGAACAAAGACGACGAUAUCAGUGUUUCAGAUCUCUUAGUUCUGAUUUACAACGUCCUGCCGUUAAAAGGGUAUUGUUAUUGUAAAUGGAAAUAGAGCGAGGUAGCCAUGUAUUGAGAUAGCCGACUGCACCAAUGCUUUUAAAAAGCUUGACUUUGCUUGUGGCGGUUACGAUAGCGUACGUGAUUGGAAUUCGUUCGCUUCCUCUUCCAAAAUUUUCUCACUUUUGAAAUGUCUUAAGGUCAAGCGGGCGCCAUCAUAUUUCGCCAACGGGAUUGACCUUUGCUAAGCUUAGGCUCUCACUAUUUUUUUAACUUGUAACAGCUUUCACCAUUGCACCUUCCUAUUCAUUCUUGCAGCUCCUUUCAACCACCCGAGGAUACGAGGGAUAACAUCAGCUUUUUAGCUGCGAGACAAGCGCCUGAUGUAACUCUGUAAACAAAAGCAAUUUACAAUUUUCCGGGGCACGUUUAUUUACAAAAAGAGCGUUGGCGAUCUUAUACUAGCACCAUUUUUAAAACAUGUUAUAAUUCCUGUAAUGUUUUAAAUUACAAGUAUUCGAAAACUCCUUAUUGGAUUUUUAAAAAAAAGUGAAAUCGUAGCAACACAAACACCGGACCUCGGCCAACCCGUAAAGUGAGAUUUAUUUUAGGGGGAGCUUUUUGACGCGUGAAGCUGACAACCCAAUGACCGGAAGUGAUUUUGAUUGGAUGGUAUCGAAUCAUGCUGUGUGGGGGUGGAAGGCUCCAGUAAAAGCAUCCGUGUCAGGCGUUUCUCUCCUUCAGCUCUCUCCUUUUUUCGCUUCCAUCUUUCCCCUUUUCCCCAGAAACGCCUGAUACUCAGGCUAUAUUGAGCAAUGUUCUGUGACUGAAGUGAAGGUCACAUUCAAAAGUUCAGUCAGUUUUGACCAAAAAAGAAAAAAAAAACAACCAAAAACUUGGCAUAAGCUAGUUACUGCCCAGCCCUCCAAUAAUAACAUUGUCCACAUGGUACUCUCAAUAUUUCUUAUUAAACUUGAUUUUAACGUUUUUUUUGUUUCGUUUUUAGUCAACACUAUUUGCAGCCAAGCAAUUUGGAAGUAAGUGGUUUAAUGUUCAGUGUCCUUUGAAAUAGUAGUGACUUCCUUACAUUUUGAGUGGGGCAUUUCCUAGUUCCAAGAACUCUCACUUUCAAAAUGAGGCUAAGUACAAAUCUUUAUUUGCAUGAGAAUGGAAACUCGUUUUCAUAUUUAUCAAUGGCCUCGCACUAGGCCUCACUUUUUAAGCAGUCGAGGCUUGAGGUGACUCAAGAAUGGCCCGUUGUCUUCAUGUACACAAUGUAAUCAGGUCUACAUCGGGCAGUUCUGUAAACCAAGGGUUAGUCAAGGUUUUCAAAAUUGUGUGCUCGAGGACCACCCAAAAUGCCAAGAUUUUGUUAUUACUUGAAUGCAGCUAUUGCUUGCUUGUCUUAGUUAAUGAUUUAAUUACCAGAUGACUUAUCUGGAUUUUUGCCUAUAGGGCAAGUGAGCUUAGAAAGAAAACUUACCCAGCAAGAAAAAUUUCAUGUCCCGGAGUAGCAGAGAGUCCUUUUUUUGUUCCCCAUUAUGGGAGGGGCUCACUUACAAGUGACUCCAAACUGUAGAGGUUUGAUUGGAACACUUUGUGAUUUUGGUGCUUUGGAUAUGUAGUCAGUAAUGCAAUCGAGUGGUGGUUGGACUGUGUGUUGAACCAGUUUGUGCAUGAAUAUCUCUGACUUCUGUACAAAACAUAAUACAGGGUGCAAAGAGAGUCAUUUUUACAGCUUCUAUUUCGGCAAGCUGAAGCUACCAUUUACUAGCCCAAACAUCAUUAAUUUCAACUAGCCCCAAAAACGUUUUGAUUGAGCAGAUUGAUUUCACAGUUCUUCUGUAAUUUGAAUUCCUCAAAAAAACUUCACUUGCCCGUUGGGCAAGUUAAUAACAGAAGUCAUUGCCUGAUAGCAAAAUCCACUAACCCCGAGCUAUCCGACACUGCUUUCUUUGCAAGCUGUGUUAAUUGAUAUUAAUUUUUUUUUUCAAUUUCAUCUUCGCUUCCUAGCAACACUGGGCACAGGUACAACCGGUGGAUUGUUUGGUGCACAGAAUAAACCCCAGACAGGAUUUAACUUUGGCGCUAGCACUACUGGCCUUGGAACAAGUGCAUUUGGUGCCCCAACCGGAACAGCUGGGAGCCUGUUUAGUGCUAAACCCACGGCGUUUGGUACUGGAACAGCCUUUGGUGCCAAUGCUGGUACAGGAGUGUUUGGUGCCACAGGAACCCUUGGAACAGGACUGGGCACAGGUACCCUAGGAACUGGUAAGUAACAAGAACUGUUCUAUUUCACACCUUUGGCCAAUUUCAACUGUUUCAUUCCUUUGGGAAAAUAUUACAAACAGAGAGUAAGCAUUUUCUACAUCCAUGGUGGUUAACUGAUUUCAUGAUUUUUUUUUAAAAUUCAAAUUAAGAGAAAGCUACUGGUCAUUUCUUGUUUAAAGGAUGAUUAUGUAGAAAUUAAGCAUAAUUAUGCCAGUUCUGUGAAUCAUAGUGUUAUUUUAUUUUUCUUGUAGACAAAAUUAGAAAAUUAAUAAUGUAUAAGAUUGUAACAUUACAAAAUGAUACUACUAUUUACAUUAUUAUAACAGUUUACAAUUAAAAUUAACUGGUGUUUUUUAAAUUGCAGAGACACUGAGUUAUAAACUCUGACAAAAAAUAAUGAAUUAACACUACUCUUUCUUGUUAGGAUGCUUUGGAUCCCUAGCAACCCAGCAAACAGGUGGCUUUGGCCUAGGCACUCUUGGAAGGUACUGUAAAAUUUGUCUUUGCUCUUUUCUUGCGCUUGUAGUAGAAGAAGAGCUGACAGUAGACUAUUAAGAUUGUUAGUAGGCAAAAUUGUGUAGGGUUUAGCAGUCGCUUAAUUUGUAAAAGCCUUAUGAAUCAGGACGUGGUUGCAUAAUCCAACUUAAGAUUUUUUUAUGCAACCUCUCCGUGCUUUGUAAAGAAUUUGCACACUCUUUCUGUUUCCUAUACUCAUAUAAUCUGCCUUAGGUUGAGUUAACCUGCUCAAAGAGUAAGAGUGACUAACAUCAGUUUUCGCCUAAUACAUCAUCAAGAGAAACUGGUUUUGACAAUUGAUACAAUGAUAGCCUUGGAAAAUGCUCUGAUCUUUUACAGAGUUCUCUCCACUAAUUCUUGAGGAAAUAUGUGGAGAUUAGUCUGGAGAAUUUGUCUGUGGAUAUUUGGAUUUAAAGGGUUACUCGGGAUGCUGUGCAAGAAAAUCCCCCUUCACAAACAAAGGGAUAGAGCUUAAAAGUUGGGUUGCUCUACACAGCUGGCAGCUGGCCCCUGGCCUGGCCCCUUGCCUUCAUGAUGUUUUCCUUGUUUUAGAAACUGCUCUCUUUAUGAUCUCUGCCUGUAGAUUUGUAGUUGUUUCACACCAGUUUUUCUUGUUCUACUGUAGCAACCAAAAUACAACCCUGAGCACUAUACAACAACAACAACAACAGCAACUGCAGCAGCAGCAGCAGCAGUUACUCCUGCAGAACCAGCUUCAAAUCCUGGCCAACUCCCCAUUUGGAGACUCGCCACUAUUCAGGAAUUCAUUAGCGGUGAGAGGUUACUAAACAUACAUUUGAUUCAGGAAAUUUAUUAAACCCGCGACUCCUUUGUUAUAUGUUUUUGUGGACCUGUUACUAAACAUACAUUUGAUUGUAUUGACAAAGUAUUAACAAUUUGCCAACAGAAAACAAAGCAUUAUACAAAAUUUGAACAUAAACAUGUAAAAUUGAUGUUUGCAUUGGUAACAGUGUUUUUUAUACAAAAUGAUUUCUGCAUUGUGUUUUUAUUUGUCAAGCUUAAGAUUGAGCGAUGUAUUGCACUGUCUGACUGAAAAUGUCCUUCACUUUGAAACAAGGAUGUGCUCUAAGAAAAACUGUUGGGAGUCUAGUCUUCUGAACCUGUGAAAUCUGUGUUGCCCAGCAUAUGAUUUCAUGCAAAAACUGAGAUUUUCUAGUUGUCUUGGAGCAAACAUAAGGUGCCAGGAACCUGUAGGUACUGCUAGGGCACAGCUCAUGAUAAAUAAAAAACCAGAAUACUUGUAUAAUAUCACAAAGACUAUGGAUGAAGUGAACACUCAAAUGAGUAAGUGGUAAAUAACUUUUACUUUUGAAAUUUUUUUAUGCCUCUAGGAGAAGGCUAAGGGAGAACGAGCAUCUAGCUCAACUUCAAGUUCUAUUCAGAAGAAUUCCACCACUCCAUCGCAUUAUAAGGUGACAGUUGACAUUUUUGUGCAUGCAUCAUUGUGUGUUCAGUAACAUUUUAUCUUAUGGCUAUUUUGUUGCUUCAUGUUACAUAGUUAUUGCAGUAUUCUGUAGAUAAGUACAUGUACAUGUAUUAACCAGAUAGACAAUUUAGUGUGAACAAAACUAAAAGUAUUACUGACUGUCAAGCCAUUUGUUCUUCAUCACUUGUACUUGCAGUGGUGAUAUAUGCCGUGAAAAGCUCCACCUGGUUUCUCCAUUUUACCAGACAGUGACAGUAGAGCAAGACACCAACCACACCAGGAAUUAAAAUAAUUUAUAAUAUAAUGUCAAGGUGUGUGGUGAUGAUGAUGGCCAGAAUGAGAAGGAAAAACAGUGUUUGCUAAUCAAAUGAGUGUACUGCAGAAAACAUGUUCACUGGUUUUGGAAAAAAUUGUAGGGAAGUUCUGGACAUUUUGGGACAGCCCAUUGAGGAAAGAAGUGAAAGUUAAGGGCAACUCAGGCCUCUUAUUUGUUUAUUACCCAUUUAUCCCCUUUGUAAACUGAAACAUUAAUUAUGCUGUUGCCUUCAGACAUACAAACAGUCUAAACAAUGUUCUUUUCAACUUUUGAAUUUUUUUUUCUUAUUUGCCAGGUUUCUCCUCGUCCAUCAGCAAGAAUUAAACCAAGACCAAUCAAUAACUACACUAUGAAUAAGGUUUUUUAUUUUCCUGUCUAUGUAAUGCUCUUUUCAUAUUUGGUACUAUAACAUCCGACAAGUCUUUACUGAGUCAUUUGUAUUUAUUUAUUUGUCACAGUCUAAGCUGUUUGAAGGGCUGGAGGAAGACUCCGGCUUGAGUCCAGAUACAUUUGUACCCAGAAAAAAUAUCAAGAAGCUUGUCAUUAAAAGCAAGUCUACCACAGAGGUUUGUUAAGUAUUACAGUUAAGUUUGCAUGUGGAGUAGUUGACAUUGCUUGCUGCUUCUGUUAUUGUUUGGUAAAACCUGCAAUGCUAAAUGUUGUGUGAAGUCUACUGAAGGGACUUCUCAGGGCUUGACAAAAACAACUUGAAUUCUAACUCAUCCUGUCAAUCUCCCUUCACAGCCUGGGGCAUGUCACAUUUUUUUAUAUCAUAUUUGUAAGAAGACGGCUUGCCUGACCUGUUGCCAAUUGGGCAAAUGGAAAAUGUUCUUUCUCAUGAGGAUAAUCUACUUGUCUUUGAACUCCCACUUAUACCACAAAAAUACUUGCAACUAAAUCUCAAUGAUAAAAUAAUAAAAUUGGUAUUAAAUUUCAUGUCACCAUAAAGUGAAGGAGUAUUUUUUUUCCCCAAAACACUCUUUGGCUAUUUUUAAAGUAAUAAAUUCUUGUUAAAUUUGCAAUAUUUCUUACAAAAAUGCUUCAUCUUUUGCCAGGAUUCACCAAUGUCAAUAGUUGACACAACUCGAGUCAAGUUUCAUUCCUUGGGGGAAGGUGAUGAUCUGCCAAUAACCAGCUCCCCCUUUCCGCCCUCCCCUCCCUCAUCACAAACUACUUCACCUGUUAGGAACACCCUUGCUGUAGAAGAAGGAGCUGCUAAGGCUGUCGAUGACAGAAUUAAUACCAGUGAUGGUGCCAGUCCGAUGGGAGUAAGGUUUUCCAAAGGAGCAACAAGAGAAACAUUAGAUACCACUAUUGCCGACUUGAAUGUCCGCCAUGUUACAAGGCAAGAUGAUGACCAGGAAAGUGUAAAGAGUUCUGAGGUUACAGAGGAAGAUCUUUCUGAGAGUGGAACUAGAGAACCCUGUGGCAUAACUUUGAAAAGGUGUGUUUAUGUUGUACACUGUAUGUGUUUCAACUAUACUGUAUAUAAAUUCGGUAAUCAGUUUUGUUAGGGUUAUAAUAAUAAAAUUUUGAAUAAAUAAAAAGUCUAUUUAUUUCUCUGGUAAUCAACAAUCUCUUUUCUCCUUCAUAAAAAUUAAGAACCUAAUAAGAUCCUACUUAGCCUGAAUUGCCAAUAAGAACCCCAAAAUAAAAGAACCUAUUUUGCCAGACAUCAAAAAAGUAGGUUCUUAUUAGCGGGUGUUUACUGUAUUGCAACUUAGAAAUUGCUUGCAAUGAUGAAAUCUCUUCCAAAUAUAGGUGUGUUCAAACCUCUUCUAGGAAGGUCCUCCCUGCAUUCUGAUUCUCUUAAGUGACAACCACCCUUAACCCUUUAAGUCUCAAUAGUGACCAACAGCAAUUUUCUCCUAACAAUGUCCAUACAUUGUCAAGAGAUAAGGUUGUGAGAAUAUGAAAAAUGAUCAUGAAAGAGAAAAUGCCUUGAUGUUUUAUUAAAUUCUCUCAACUAAUUCUUAAAGGAAAUGUAUGGAGAUCAGUUUGGAGAAUUUGUAUUUGGAUACUGGGGCUUAAAGGGUUAAGUGACCACUAAAUCUUUGCAUUGUGGGGUGCCGCUUACGGGAGGUUUGACUGUAGUUCUUAUUUUGUGUGACUGCUAAUGUUCCUCGCGUAUAAUCCCAAAUUUUUUUCUAGGUCUGAGUACUAUACAGUACCACCACUAGCUGAACUGAACAAGAGGAUUGACAACAAUGGAGAUGUUUUUGUUGACGAUUUUGUUGUUGGUCGCGAAGGUUAUGGCAAAGUUAAGUUUUAUGGCAGGACUAAUGUUGCUGGACUGAACUUGGAUGAAAUUGGUAAGAAUUUCAGUUAGAGUACUACCGUAUCUAAGAUUUUAUGUAGCUACUGACAUGAGUUAUGGUGGCUUUUAUGCAAAGUUCUAAACUCCAUGUUGUUCAUUUUAACAGUGUUCUUCAGGCGCCGUGAAAUAGAAGUGUAUCCAGACUCGUAUCCUAACAAACCUCCAGUGGGUGAGAAGCUUAACAAAAAAGCAGAAAUUACUCUGGAAAAAGUUUGGCCAAAUGACAAGACAUCACACAAACCAAUCACAGUGAGUCAUUUGAAAAUAUGUUUUUUACUUGUCUUGUUAUUUUGGCACGUGUUUUCCAAAACAAAGUUGGAUAUAUGCAUAUUUAACAUUAGGUAGUUCGUUAUUUGACUGUUUCAAAUAUAUUUUAUUUGUUUUUUCCUGAAUAUCCAAUGUGUUGUUGUUGUUUGUUUGUUUGUUUUUGUAGAGCCCAGAGAGACUGAAGCUUCAAGGAUGGCAAGAGAGAGUGGAAGCUGCCACUGCAAAGCUUGGAGCAACUUUCCUUGAUUAUGAUCCUGAUUAUGGAAACUGGGUUUUUACGGUAUAAACAAAAUAUUCUAUGCACAAGGCUCACAAAAAACAAAGAAAUAAGGAUCUUCAACCUACCUGCUCUACUCGAAAAAAUACACAUUUACGAGUUAUUUACAAAAUUUGUUUUCAAAGAUUUGAUUUCCUUUUUCUUUGUACUAUAAUUAUUCCCACUCUUUGUGCUAUUACAAUAAUGUAUGUUGUCAAAUAUCAAAUUUUUUUAUUUUUUCCUUACUUUCAGGUGGAACACUUUACUCGUUAUGGAAUGCAUGAGUACCUUGAUGAUGAACAGCUGGCAAAAAAGCUCAAGCGGCCUCCUCUUAAACCACAUCUGCAGGUGCACAGGUUUACCUUUUGUGUGGUCAAAGUUAAACUUUCAUUUUGUAUAAUCACAUUCACGAUAAAAUAUAAAGUAUUAUGUGGAAGCACUGCUGAAGAGGUUUCAUUUGAAUGGUCACACCAUAGGAUUUCAUCCACAGACUCAAAAGUUAGAACUACGUAGUCAUUAGUCAGACUAUGUACUAAAUAAAUAGUACCAUGUGAAAGUACUGUUGAAGAGGUGUCAAUUGAAUAUUGACACCAUUGGAUUUUAUCAAUGGACUCAAAAGUUAGAAGUAAGUAGCCAUUAGUCAGACCAGACUCUGACUGUUCCAUCUUUUGACAGGAUACAGAUGACUCUUUGGAAAAAGAGAAACUUGAAAUUUUCAAACGUCUUAAAGAGAAGAAACAACAACUUGAAGCUUAUGAGAAGGAAAGGCAAAGGGCUUCUCUGUCAUUACAUGACCAGGAUAGCGACAUGCCAGAUAUUGAUAAUGAAACUUUCCCAGGUAUGAAGGAUGUUUUCUACUCCAAUAAAAAUUCUUGUCAUUUAUAUUUCAUAUGAUAUCUCAUGAUGAUUUUGUGGUACAAUGUGAUGUCUUUACAUUCCUGCAACUAGCAAAAGCUAUUCAGCAAGCAGUGAAAAUAGCGUAUUAUUUGAUACUCAAACAUAGAAAAUUGACUACCGUAUUUAUUUGAUUAAGCACCCAAACUGGAAUAAGCGCCCAUCUCGAAUAACUACCCACCCUUUGCCCAGCCUUGACUAACCAAUCUUGACCUUACUGGCUAUGGGAUUUAAAUGGACUGAGUUUUGCUAAGAGACUUCCCCACUGACCGAGGUUUCUUAAUAUUUUAAAGGAACUUUCUAUGAGCAGUUAAAAUUUUGCUUUGGUAUAUCUUCACGUUUGUUAUUAUUUAUUGUUUUUUGCAAAAUAAACUCACUACUUACAGAAAAUGGUAAAAAUUUGAUAAGUACCUAGCCUCAAAUAAGCGCCCACCACGAAUAAGUGCUUACUCCCAAAGUCCAAAAAUUUAAUAAGCUCCCAGCCCUCUUGAUUUAAAAAAUACGGUACAUAAUGUCUUCUUUUGAUUCUUUUUUUUAGAGGAAAUGCUUGACGACGAAGCUAGAGAAGGAAGUGAUGCCAGCGACGAAGAACUUGAAAGCUCACCUGCCAGUCAUCAGUUAGCCACAGCAUUGGGCAUGAAUGCGCAGCGAAUCCAGGUUAUGAAGGCGUCAUUCUUUGCUGACCAGUCUCAGCCAUCUUCAGGACACUUACCCAGUGAUAGGCCUUCUGUUGACAAGUCCCUGUUGAGUGCAUCUUUUAGCAAACCAGGACACACCAAGAGUUCUGUGUACCCUGCUGUUAUGCCCCUUGGGCCUCUUCUCUCUCCUAAGGUCCAGCGCCGUGUAGAUGAGUCAGUUGGACCAGAGCAGAUGCCGCAGUCUUUGUUUGGCAGCCCUAAGAUAGGUAAUUAACCGAAUAUCACAGAGUUUUAGCACCAACGAAGAGAAUGACUUUUUGGUUUUUAAACGAACAAUAAAGACUUACUUAUUUAGGAAGGCUUUUGCCUGUUAUAGUUAGAUUGAUAAAUUUUAGAUUAUAAAUUUUUAGGUAUUCCUUAAGUAUACUUUAUUGUAAUUAUUACAGGCAGUUAUAGUUGUAAGGCGCAUUUGAUCAUAUUCAGAUGUUAAUUUGCACCUAAUAAGAAAUAAAUUAUUAUUAUUAUUAUUAUUAUUAAUGAGCAGGAGUCAGAGAUUUAAGAAUUCUUAUAGUUGUCCCUGUAGUUGAAAAUAGAUGGUUAAGAGAUUGAGCAUAAUAAUUGAAUAAAAACGAUGAAGAUUAUUAAUAAGGUAGCUUAAUGUAGACAGCAGCCCUCGAUAGGUCUAUAAAGUUCCAGUAAACCGAUUAACAUCGACUUACGAUAAGUUGGGUAAAAAGUUGUCAUUAAUACUUUUCAAAAUAAAUUUUUCAUGUAAUUAGAAAUAAAAUGUCCUUGAGAGGACUGUAAAAAAAAUUAUUUAUUAUCUUAUAAGGCGUUAAUGUUAUGAGUUAAAGAAAAUAAAUGUUUAUACUUGGUAAAAAUAAUGUAAUACUGAAAACCCUGUUUUGUAUAGUCCCAUACGCAGCCAUUACUUGGGUUCUCUUGCAACCUUGUGCUCGAAAAAGACGACCCUGAUAGCAGCUGCAUAGAGGACUGUUUCAAGAGACACAUUUAUUGCUGACACCUUGUUACUGUGAAGUGGUUACUGUUCUUCUACAGAAUAAAUGUACAUAUCUUUUCUCCAGAGGAGUUGUGGGUGUGGGUUUAUGUUGUGUCGCAUAGCACUGGGCUGUUUUUGGGCAGGAGUUUUGAUAUUAGUCAGCUUUUGAGUGUCACUUGUCAACCGGAAGUGGGCGUUUUUCAUUCUUGGGAAGUCGGUUUGCUGAAAUUUUCGGGCGAAUCGUGUCUAUAACAGUAAAGACACUCAGCGAUACAAACAUGGUAGCAUUAAGGUGUUUUGAAAUUAAAAAGACCUCACUUCCGGUUGACGUGUCGGUUGUCGCUCAAAAACGCCAUUGCUUAAGAUCCCUAAUUAUUGUUUUCUCCUGCAACCUCCAGAUAGCGGUUGUGUCCCCAGAUCAAAACAGCCCUAUGGUGUGACAUUUUCACACCUCUGACCAGUGUCAGUCACAACCUGUAAAAGGCCAAUCGGUUGUAAACUGUGUGUAAUACAUAAACGUUUCCAUCGGUUAAUCCAAUAGGUGUGUAUCCGCUGAGACAUCCAGUGGUGCAUGACCUAACACCAGCGGCCCCUCCCUCGCCAAUGCUGCUCCCUACUGCCAUUGGCACGGCAAUGGAUAUCGGAAUUAAAGUAGUUGGAGCGCGCAGCCAGUUUGGCUUGGUACCUAAAGAGGACUCCCUUGUCAAUACCAGAGAGAAACUUGUGGGUGAUGCUGGUCUGAUGAUGGGGCGGUCCUUUCGUGUUGGUUGGGGACCAGGGUUUGUCUUGGUACACAGUGGUACCCCGCUAGGAAAACGAGAGAAGCAGUCCAUGGCUCCCAUCACCCAGCCCUCCCUGGUGGGGAACUUUUUGGCUCCGAAGCCAAGGCCUAGCAACAGUGAUGGAACACCUGCGUUUGGUGUGACACUGGAAAAGCUCAACGUUGCGUCACACUUCAGUCAUGGAAGUGAUACAGUGCUGGUUAGUGAAAUUAUAAAUACCUUAUUAUCUACUCCCUUUAGGGUUUUUCAGGGAUAAUUUACAACACUUGUUGGGGGACUUUUGCCAAACUGCUUAUGGUGCAGUUUUCAAGUAAUGAACGAAUGAGUAAUGAUGCCCUCUGUGUGAGUGUGAAUUUAUAAGACAGAUCACCACAAUACGUCCCCUACUCUUUAUAAACAGUGAGUGGGUUCUUUAACGUCCCACAGAAUUUUAUUACAUGUGCAAGGCUUGUGAGACGGGGCCUAAGGUUUAUCGUCCUUAUCCGAGAAGAGUGGAAAGUCUAACCAUUUUGACGAACAUACGUGUAUUUAUUUCAAACUUUGCUGAAAUAUCAGUUGCUAGUCUUCGUAAUAGUUAUCUCACACAUUUGUAGGCACAACACCAGUCUGUUCUUGAAGCAGAGCUUCAUCAUGCCCAGGUGUCUGUCGAUAAUGGCUGUCCAUUCAUUCAUCCUUCGACUGAUGUCAAAGCUCUUCAUCACCAUGCAGAAAUUGCGAGGAAAAACAAAGACGCAACAGGUAUUAUUAAGUGAUUUUACAAUACCUUGUUACCAUCUGUUAUGUUUAAAGACCCUUUGAAUGUUAACCACUCGCCUGUCACAUAAGUAGCUAUGUUAAGACCGGGGGGGAGGUACUUAAGGCAUUUUUGGGUGGGGAUGUGCCAUUGGAACCCUUGAACCCUUAACCUAUACCAGAGCUAGUUCAGCUGAAUUGUGUUGCCCUAUACUAGACCAUAGUUAUUAGAGGAGACUGGUUAUGAAAAGCGGCAAACAUCAAUGAUAAAAACAACAGUGCUGCAGUUCAUGUUCAAAGCACCGUCCCAAAUCCUUUGUUUUCCCAAAUUGUUACGGAAUAAAUUAAUGCAACGUUUUUAUUGGUCAAUACAAUCAAAAUGAUAGGAAUUCUUUUGAACGUUGUGCACUUUCAGGUCCACAAAAACAUAUUACAAAGGAGUCUGACGGGUUUCAUAACCAUUCCACUCAGUUAACUAUGACUAGACUAAACUCCCCAAAUCCUCCCUAUCCUAGAGUAGCUGUUUUCCAGAAACUACUGAGGUCACUAGCACAAUCCAGCCAAAACAAAACCUAUUUGAUUCUUUAUAUUUUUGAGUGGUAAUUCUCUCGUCAAUCAAUUGAUUACUUUCUUGGAAAAUGAUACUCUAUUCUAGACCCAAACUCUCUGAUUUGUAUAUCCCACAGUAAACUGCGUGAACACCAUACCCUUCACACCGGCACACACCUAUACUGCCCAUAUAUGGCAGUACCCCUCCACGGUGUAAAGAAUUUCACCAAAAUUCAAACAGUGGGUACUACUAUUAAAUUCAUAAAAAUAACCGCUCAAAACAUUGAAAGAAGAAAUAAAUAAUACAGCAAGUACAAAAACUGGCACGAAUGGACAAACUUAAGAAGAAUAUUAAAAUGGAUUGCAAUUGCGAUUUUGAAAAGUUGUUAGCAUACCAGUUUUCCAGCGGUCAUUUUUGUUGUUUGUUACGUUUGAUGCUUGGGAGACGUAAUUGAUUGACACGAAGCUGUGAUUCAUUUACAAAUAAUCUGCGCUAGCGUUAAGCCCCAUAGCGUAUAACUUUUUUUAAGGAAGCGCAAUUGGCAAUGUUAACAAAAUGAACCAGAUAGUGGUGACCUAGCCCUCCCUCCACCUUUGAGGCAACUCAGGGGAGGCGUGUUCAACGCCUAACCAAGACUAUUAAACAUUCUAAAAGGUAACCAAGUUUUUCACGAUAUUGGUAUAUAUUUCUUGAAGCAUCUGUGCUUGUGUGGUAAGGGUCUUGAAGUUGAAUCAUCUUGGUUUCACUAUAUAUUUGUUACUGUGCUUUUAGUGUCAGGCCCACUAAAAGAGGCAGCAGAACAGAUCUGUUUGGUUUGGGAUUUAGUUGUUGCUCUAUGGGGCAAACUGAAUGAUGAGCAAGAAGAAGAUGAUGAAGGUAGGAAAGACCAAACUCACAAGGUUAUCUUGUACCUUAAUAAGUCUCUUUGUCUAAAUGCUAUACUGAUGACGUAUCACUACCCAGAUCUGACUAGUGCUUCUGAUUGGAUGAAGCAAAUUUCCCACGCGGCACGACCAGUCAGAAGCACCUCCAGGAUCUGGGUAGUGAUACGUCAUUAGUAAGCAAUUUCGGUGCUCGUUCCUCAGGCGUUAUUACGCGGGGGGACUAGGUCUCAGGGUACUAAAUUUAGUUACGUUAAUGCAAGUUUUCUGCAAGGCUCGGUUCAGACGCCAAACUUCUCAUGAGCCCAACCUAAUACAUUGAAUUAAGUACAUGAAAAGUUCGGUGUCUGAUUCAAUUAGGAACGCCUGUUUCAAUUUGGAACGGCUCAGCCGUUCUUUUCCCCUAGCCCGGCGGGGAAUUUCGCCUUUGGAGCAACUUUGGAACGGCUUUGAUUCAGACGCCGAACUUUUCAUGUACCGAACCUAAUGCAUAAAUUAUAAAUUAUAACGUAUUUUGUACGCAGUUUGACCGAAACGGAGCAUUUUUUGCCUUUUGAACUCCGUUCAGCUGCAAUUAAGAUCGGCGUCUGAAUUAAUUCAGCCUCUCUAAAUAAUUUGAGUCGGCCUUAAUUCGAGUUAGGUUCGGCUCAUGAAAAGUUCGGCAGCUGAACCAGGCCAAAGCGCAUUCUUAAUUAGUUUUUUAUGUUUAAUUCUCAUCAUCAUCAUCAUUAACAUAACAAUCAUCAUCAUCAUCAUCAUCAUCAUCAAUCAAUAAAUGAAUCAAUCCUCUAAAUUAUAUCUUAGUUACCCGUAGUGCGUAACAUUUCCCAGAAUUGUUUCCUUCAGUGUUUCAUUUGUGUUUCAAUUUAUUUUUAAAGUUACAAACGGAAUGAGGGAUGAGAGGGAAUCCUAUCAGAAUCGUAUGGCAAGGAAAGAAGCUUUGUCAAGGUGGCUCGCUGAGGCUGCAAAGACAAGAAUCUCUAAAGAGGUCGAUGAAGCUAAUUUUCAAGUAUGUACUCCCACGCACUGAAACACAAAUAAAGUUUACUUUUAAUCGAGGCUGAUUAUUCUGGUUAUGAACAAGAACUAGCCUAGAAAGGAGACUCUUGUAGGGGAACUUAUGCACAUCCAAGCAGUCGUGGUCACUCACGCCUUAAGAAAAAGUACAUUUCCUGCAGUAUUUCUCUCGCGGUAUAUUUAUCAUGUUGUAACCCUGCGUUUUACCGAAGUAAGAGCGGCCACAGUUACGUUUGCUUCCCGCCUUUUUUCCGCACACAGUACGUCUUUUUCGCGGGAUUUUUAAUUAACACUCCUGUGACUGGUUGUUUUUUUUUGUGAAACCCUUUUACAUCGAAACCUGAGAUAGAUAGCUAGGUAGCUUUCAUGGUCACUUCCUUCGAUCCUUUUUGACGUUUCAAAGUUUAUUUCCCCGUUAAAUUUAUCUCGAAAAGAAGCGGUUGCACACUGAUGGUUAUUUUCCCCAGGGAAAUAGGCCUUACUCCGCGAGAAAAUAAAGUGGAUAUUCAAGUGUAAGCGCAAACCUAUGUUUAUCUUGUCCUUUUUGUAUUGUAGGAAAGCGACCACUUGAAGUCUAUCUUCAGUUAUUUAACUGGAAAGCAGAUUAGUAGGGCCUGUAAUACGGCACAACAACAUGGCGAUUAUCGACUUUCACUUCUGUUGUCACAAGUUACAGGAAACUCGGCGACACGAAACCUCAUCUACAAACAGCUGAGCGAUUGGCAGGAAAUAAAGGUGCAAUAAUGGAUACAUAAAUAUUUAGGAUAAUCAACAUAAUUUUACGAUCCCAAUAAUCUUUUAUAUGCCUGCGAUGUUUACAUCAAGUAUUGAAAUGUUGUUUUUUUUGCUGUGUGAAAGUUAUGUAUUGUCAAUGACAUUCUUUAAGUCAAAGAAAGGAAUUUUCCUUUGUUUUUGGUCCAAAUCUUGUGCUGCUUCUGGCUAAACUUUAAGCAUAUUACGGACCCGGAGACGUUCCAUUUUUUGUCCGCAACCCCGUCCCCCUAAUGAUGGCUCGAAUCCGAACCCUCGAACUUUUGUCGGCGCCCUUUGGAAAAUGAAAUCCGAAGGGUUCAUUUUUUGUCGGCACCUUUGCAAGAUUUGUCCGAAUGAUUUAAAUUUUGUCCGUUUUCUUUAAAGAAAAAAUCCCAACCCCCUACUGAAAAUCCCGCCAUCUCGAAAAGUUAUCGAAACUUUUGAAAAUCGGGCCUAAAGUUAGCGUUCCCUCUUUUGAAUGAAUGUGCGAAAGUCAGCCCAGUGCAAGAGUUGCCGCUUUCAACCCACUUGGGUUGAAAGCGGAAACUUAUAUUUGGCUUUUUUUGCCUUUCGACAAACAAUGCCUAAUCUUUGGUUACAUAUUGAUUUUGUUUUGUGUGGUAGAAUUUCCCUCCCUUUCCGGCGUCACAGCGUUGAUCUUCUUAUGAACUCACCCGCCCCGGAUUGUCCUCAGUUUGAAAUGGCGAGCUGCUGGGUUCGCUAAUUCUCAACUUUUCCCUUCAAAUUCUCAAUAAUUUUUUAUUUUUUGUAGUUUCAGACAACUUGGAUAUUAAUUGCAACAUUUUUUACUUUAAUUUUUGUUUUUGUUGUAAGCAAUAAUAGUUGUUGGAUGCUGUUGGAUGCUGUUGGCUUGCCAUUUAUAACUGAAAUAACAUAAAUGGCUGGCUUUCCUCUCCUCUCUUUCUAUCAAGUCUUUUUCUCUGUAUUUUAUUUGUUUUUGACAUCGUUUCAAUUGUCUUAAACAGGCAGACAUGUUUAUUGACGAAGAGAGAAUAAAAAUUUACGCUUUGCUCGCUGGCGCAAUGGUAUGGCCCUUGACAAGUGACACAGUUAACGUUUGCGAAGGUCUGGAUUGGAAAAGAGUACUUGCUGUUCAUUUGUGGUAAGGAAAUUGUUGGGGCGGAGGAGAGGGUAGUCUGCUAUACAGCCGUUUUUAGUGUCGUCACGCAACGUUCCUCCCCACUAAAAACGGCUGUGUAGCAGACUAAGGAGAGCGGAGAAGUGGCGCCUAAUGAAACUGAAACCGCAAAAGACAACAACAACAACAACAACCUGAUACUAUUUGUUUUGUUUGUUGUUCUAACUUUUGAGUCUAUGGUUGAAAUCCUAUGGUGUUACCAUUCAAAUGAAACCUCUUCAGCAGUAUUUUCACAUGGGACUAUUUGUUUUGUACAUGUUCUAACUUUUGAGUCUAUGGUUGAAAUGCUAUGGUGUUACCAUUCAUAUAAAACCUCUUCGACAGAACUUUUGCACAGUGCUAUUUAAAUCUUAAGAUUUAACAAAAAGAAAUGUAGAUUUCCUUUUUUAAAUUUUAAUUUUGGCAAAUUUUAGGAGUACAAGAGUUAACAAGCUUUUUUUUUCAUUUGUCAGGUAUUGCUGUUCACCGACAUCUUCAAUACAAGAUGCAUUGAAUGCGUAUGAAGCUUCUUUCAAGGCAAGUUCUUUUCAAGUAGCUUGCUUUGUUUACUAAAUUACGUGACCUUGCACAUAAUUUGUUAGACUCCUUUACCUGUGGCCUUCCCAGUUGUAGUGAGCACAAACUUAAACAAGGAAUUUGUGAAAAAAUUCAAGCCAAAAUAUCUUUUUACCAUGCAGGGAAGUUCCAGCUAUGGGAAAUAUGGUGCCCCUCCUCGGCCACCCUUUAUGGAAGAAAACGACGAAGACGAAGAUGAAGAAAACAAGUUCGUGACGCGAGAUACGUGUUACCAUCUGUUAAAACUUUACUGCAAACGAUCGCACAGACUUGAGCGACUUCUUUCACCAUCAACCUCUACUUCUCAUCAACUUGACUUCAGCUUGAGGUACAAAUUUUUUGUGCGGGGGCGUUGCGCUCUUGUUGUCUAACUUUUUUUUUUCAUUCGCAACUUUCGCUUUGACCCUGAUACACCUUGUUCCCCCCCCCCUCUCCCCACCCAUAAAUUUUGCAUGAGCACCGUCUUUACCUCAGUUUCUCUUGGGAUGAGUGUAAUACCUUGGAGAAAUUGGAAACAAAUGUUAUGCAUUUUUUGGCGGGGGAAGAGGCUAACGAGGUGUAUUAUGGGACUAAAUGACGUUAUCAAAAUUCAAAAUGCGAUUUGCGGGAAAUUUUCUUUCCAUUGGUUAGAAAAGCUUCACAAAUAUAAAUUUUACUUGAGCACGUUGUGACGCAACUUGGCACUGCAGGGCUCAAAACAACUUUAGGGCGGUGGCCGGACACGAUGACCGACCAAAGAAAUUUUUGCUCGUUCAAGUCUCCUUUUCUACCCGGUCAAGAACUAGGGAAAAAGUGUAACUGAUCCUUGUCUAAUUUUCUGUUAGUGAACACGAUUGUGUUUUUACAAAGAGACAAAAUCUUAAGAUAUACAGGUGAGGAAUUGGCUGUUUGUUCUACAAAAAGAGUCUGCGUGACCGAUCAACAUGACCGGCGAGUGGAGCUUUUGGCCGGUCAAGACGUUAGUCUGGCCGAACAGUGUCCGUUGACCGGCCGUUAUUCACCCUGCACUACGACGUAGAAUUAAGGUAAUCGUGUAAAUACAUGAUAAGGCAUAAUGCAAUUUCUUUGCACAAUAAUAUCUCUGUAAGUGGUGAUAAAUAUGCAGUUCUAGCUGAGUCACAAUCUCUCUGUGUUUUUCUGUUCGUUUUUCUCUCCUCAGUUGGCAUCUGUAUCAGGUCUUACAGUCUCUCGAGUACACGCAUCUCUCCGAGUACCACUCGGGCAUGUUACACAGUGGUUUUGCCGCUCAGUUGGAGGGAAUGGGUUUGUGGCACUGGGCUGCUUUUGUGUUGUUACAUAUACAAGACUUUGACAAGUACGUUUAGUUUACUCAAGACUUGGUUCUCAUUAGCAUUUUCUGCAAAUAACCCUGACUCUCCAAGAAACAAGCUUUGAGAUGUGAAAUGGGUUUUUAACGUCAUACCUAAGCAAAAGAUAAACUCACUGCACUCGAACCCUUGGCGCCUGCAAAUGGUGUCAGUGGUUAUUGGAUUUGGUUACCCUGUGCAUUUGUUACCUGCGGUGCUUUGUCAGUGUAAAAUCGUAAAGUCAUUUGUCCUCCUUUUAAUGAAGGAUAACGUGUCUAUUUUUUUCAUCUAAUAUUGCUAGGCGAGAGAACGCUGUCCGUAGUCUUUUAUGUCGCCACUGUUGCUUGUCAGCGGAUCACCAAAAUGUCGAGAAAGAGCGCUUUAUGUUAGAUGACUUAAAAAUCCCUGCUGAAUGGAUACACGAGGCUAAGGUAACGUGAAACUCUUUGUAUUUAAUGUUUGAUUUGCUAAGAGACAUUUGUAUUUAUUUUGCGAGGUAUAUGAUAUUACCAAUGACCCUACAAUUUCAAAUAUGUGACAGCAUGAAAGCUUAACCUAACAUACUGUCACCUAGUGUGACUGUUUAAAACUAAAGUAAACGAAUCGAAUAAUUGGCUUUGCAUAACAAAAGAACGUAGCAAACAGGGUUAUGGCCAAGAACAAAUCGAUCUUUUUUUUAAAAUUCAAUCGUUUUUUUUAUAAAAUAUUGUACGAACUCUGCCUGUCUGGUGCAUACGAAGCAGAUUGAAAUGCUGUCAACUGCUUGCUGUAAAGAUCUUCUAAGAAGCGCUGCUCCACGAAGCUAUAUGUUAUCCACGAUACGAUAUGUGAUAUGAAACUUCUUAACAAAAUUAGUGGUGGCUGUUUCCACCCUUUGUACCCUAUUUUGCCCAAUAAUGUGGGAGAAAAAGUGAGAUGCGAACUUCGGUGUUUCAGAAAGUGACUAGAAGUGCCGUAGCUGACAGGAGACUUUUUCCCAUUACUUUCAGGCGUUGCGUUCGCGCUACGAGGGUCGAACUCGCGAGGAAGCUUUUCAUCUGGUUAAGGCGCGUCAUUGGAGUCUGGGGCAUAACGUUGUAUUGCGCAGCCUCGUCAGUGAUGCGAUCAUCAACGGUAAGAAAUUGAAAAAUUCCUUUAAUUAUAAUGCCUGGACGAUGUGUAUUGUAAUUCAACGCUUUAUCAAAUUAAUUCUUUCUUUUAGGGGAGUAUGACAUUUUGAAGACCUUGCUUGGAGAAAUGGAACCGAGAGAUCGUAGCUCCACCGUGAGGGACUGGGCGACAGGAGGACAGGUUUGUCAUAAGUCCAUUGUUAUCCCUGUAGCUGCAAUCGUUGCUGGUCAGCGCCAUGAGUCGAGAACUCUUGCAGAUCUGGGGACGGGAAUGUUCUUGUGUCUAGAGCUGUUUCCAGUUUAGUUCCGUAAACCCAGACUAUCACAAUCCAAUCCAAUAAACAACAAAAUGAGACAUUGAGACACCAAAGCAUGCAGCUCGCGUGGAGCGCGGGAAAACUAGUCUGAACAACGUGAAGACCUUGGCACAAGAUUCUCGGCCAAUCAGAUGAUGAGGACAGAAGUAGCCCAGUUAAUGGAGACCUUAAGAUGUAACCUUUUCUGCAUGCUGGUGUACGGGAACGGGUACAGGUAAAUUCCCAGGAAGAAACGGCUUGGUUCCCGGGUAGAGCAGUCAAGCUAAUACUACCACAUUUGUGUAAACAUAGUCUACUUUAUUACUUACACAUGGUAAACAUGUUCCCCUUCCCGCACUCGUCGGCAGAAACGGUGUAUCUCCAGUCGCGUUCUCAUCUUUUUGCUCUUUCGUACAAGGUAUUUUUGGAUUACCUCGCACUAAUGGAAAAGUUUCAAGACAUUGCCAAGGUAACACAAACAUAUUUGUGUCCCAUUAUCAUCAUCAUCAUCAUCAUCAUCAUCAUCAUCAUCAUCAUCAUUUUACCUUGCAGUAUUUUCGUUGGUUACUCAUAAUACAUUUUUGAUGAAACUUAGACAUUUCACCGUACUUAGUGAAAGAAGAAAAGAAGCAAUUUUACCCCAAACGACAGUGCAUGAUUUCUCUAUUAACUUCCUGGACUGAAUGUACCAUUUCCCCCCUAUCUUUCAUAACAACAGCCAUAUUUUGCAUAAGAAAACAAACUGUUGUUGUGUUCAAAUGACGUCAUCGUUGAGUCUGCGUGCUUUAGUGAUCCAGAAUGCAUGACAACAGUAAAUUAACAACUGUCUUGCAUUGUUGCAGGGCAAAGUUGUACCAACGAAGUAUGAUCUGGAAGAUAUUCAUGCUGAGGUCUCCUCCCUCUGCACCAGAAUCAACAUUUUACCUUCCAACACAAGCAGAGACUUGUAAGUAAUUGUUUCGCAUCGAAUGGCCCUGUUUUUUUAACUGUUUGUGAUGUUGUUUGGUUCAUGAUGUAGAAAGUUGGGAAUUCGUAGGCGGUGAAGGGAGGGAGAAGGGGGUCUUACUUGAGAGUCACACAAAGACAGGUGGUAUUGGAGGAUCGUUUUAAACUUGAAUUCCUUUAGAAACUGAGGGAUUUUGGAACUCAGAAAUGCUGGAUUAAACAACAGUACUAUACCUUUUAUUGCCGUCUGUUACUGUCUCCUGGGAGUUAUUGUGAAAGAUAAAUAAAAGAAACAACCGCAUCGACUGUAAUCUUUAAACUCCAUUCUUCAUAAAGAACAAUGGCCAUAAAAGUUGAUUUUCAUUGAAUAGCACUGUAUUAUCCGCCUUUAAGUUGGGCAAAAAUAUUAUCCUGGCAAACUGAUUGCCGUGUUCUCUUCUUCCUCUACAGGUUAUGCCAAUACGAUAUGGCUAAAAUGUGCGCAAAUUUUAUGAAGAUCGUCAUGAAAGAGCUGGUAAGCGUGUUUUACAGUUUAAGAACAAACUUCUCUUGUAAAGGAAACUGUUGAUAGCCUUGAUGAAGCACUGGCUUUUGUGGCGGAGAUUACCUUUUUGUCCCUCACGAAAUCGUCCCACUUCAACCCUGGAAAUGACCUGGUCAGAUUGCUUUCAAAUUCUUGUUUGUCCUUAUAAUUGGUAAUUUGAUUCAUUUUUAGACGGACCUAACAGAUGAAGGGGAGGCUCUUUUACCAACUCAUAUCCUAGCCCCUCACGUGACUCGGUUGCCGAUGCCCGAGGACUGUUCUCUAGCGGAACUACGUCAGUUGGUCCCAAGCUAUAUCACUGAAAUAGCAGCUAGCCAUUGAUACUAAAGAAUGCGAAGAAGGGAGAAGAAUGUUCGCAUGCUCAGGUCACAGCGCGAACUAAUAGUGCGCAACAAAGAAAUCCGAGUGUGAGGAUGGUAUUCGCCACUUUGAGGUUGCACGGGGGCCAGGCCGAGAUGGUUGUCAAAGUGCGUUGUGGGACUGUUUUAGGGGACGAAUUUGCCGCCAUGUUGAAAAUGCGUCCCCCAAAACAGUCCUACAGUGCACUUGACAACCAUCUCGACUCGGUCUCCCGCGCAACCUCAAAGUGGCGAAUUCAAACCUAGCUGUUUGAAGAGCCUACCGCAGACUCAGUCUUGCGUUUGAAUAAACGACCAAGACCCCAUGGAGAUGACGGGGAAAUUAUGUUCUUGUUAUGACUUUCGACGGGUUCGAUAUCUUUGGAACAUUACAGGAUCGUACAUCGUAAAAAGAACGAUCGCGUUAUCCUUUGAAUUGAAGCCAAAAACAGGCGCUGUAUUGUAAAAAAAAUAACUUAGUUUUCAUUGAAUAUUUCAUAAUUAUAUCAGUUAAAAGUUAAACUUUUCUUUAGUUAACCAUUUUUGUAAUUCGUCUUGUUUUGGCUAAUGUCGAUUAAUCCAUGAAGUAGGUGGCUGCAUUUUGUGUGAACAUUGAUUCUAGAAAAUCUGCAGAAGCUUGUAAGGAGUUUCUGGUAACCUGAAGGUUACUUCUUUUUUUAAAAACGUGAUCCAACCUGUGCAAUUCAUGAAAUAUUAUUAAAUGAAUACUGAAUUUUAUUGGUUGGUCCAAU